AUGUCAUCAUCAGGACUCAGCGGCGAGGAUCAGAAGGAGCUUCAGUCUUUCCUCGAGGGAGAGCAAGCCAAGGCUAGGGUGCAGAGCAGCAUCCAGAACUUCACCUCGAUGUGCUGGGACAAGUGCAUCACCGGAGGCAUCUCAACGUCCUUCCGUCGCGGCGAAGAGGAGUGCCUCUCCAACUGCGUCGAGCGCUUCCUUGACACGAGCAUCUUCCUGGUGAACAAGCUCGAGCAGCAGAGGACACAAGCUGCACCCCCCGGUCUCUAG